AUGGAGCCGGAGAAGAAGGUGCCGCGGCAUGCGGCCCUGGACUUGCCGCCCGCCGCGCUGGAGGCCGGGGAGAUCGGGAAGGCCGUGCACCCCCGCGGCGGGCGCAGGGACGCGCAGUACGGCACAGCUGGCUUCCGCAUGGACGCUGGCGAGCUGGACCAUGUCAUGUAUCGGAUGGGCAUCUUGGCCGCUCUCCGGUCCAGGGCGCUCCGCGGCCAGGCCGUGGGCGUGAUGAUCACCGCGUCGCACAACCCCGAGCGGGACAAUGGCGUGAAGCUCGUGGAGCCCCUCGGCGAGAUGCUCACAAUGGAUUGGGAGGUUCACGCCACAGCCCUCGCGAACGCGUCCGAUGAUGCCCUCGCCGGCGUCAUCGCCGACCUCGCGAAGAAGUUGGGCAUCAACUUGGAUGACCCAGCCAAGGUGGUCGUAGGCCGCGACACGCGUGCCAGCAGCGUGGCACUGUUCACAGCGGUGUGCGAUGGCGUCGGCGCCAUGCGGCCCUCUGGCGUGCGAUCCCUGGGCCUCGCGACGACGCCGCAACUGCACUACGUCGUGCGCUGCGAGAACACCGCCUCGGGCUACGGCGCUCCAACGCUGGUCGGCUAUGCGGACAAGUACGCCACGGCUUACGAGAGGCUUGCUUCAGGGAGCGCGGCCACGAGUAGAUACUCUGGCGAGGUCGUGGUCGAUUGCGCCAACGGCGUGGGCGCCGUGGCACUCCGCGGCAUGCUCCAGCGCCUCUCCGCGGCAGGCCUCCGCGCGUCGGUGUGCAACGACGGCGGGGGGGCCCUCAACGAGGGAUGCGGGGCUGACUUCGUGAAGAUAAAGCAGGCGGCGCCCAGCGGCGUGAGCGUGAGCCCGGGCAAGCGCUUUGUCUCCCUGGACGGCGACGCGGACAGGAUCGUGUAUUUCUUCUUCGCCGACUCCGGCGCCUUCCAGCUGCUGGACGGGGACCGCAUCGCGCUGCUGCUGGCCCACUUCCUGGCGAAGCUGCUCCGAGAGGCUGGCAUCGAGGGCCUCCGCCUGGGCCUCGUGCAGACGGCCUACGCCAACGGGGCCUCCACUCGCAAGGCGGUGGAGGCGGUGGGGGCGGACAACGUCCUCUGCGCCAAGACGGGCGUGAAGCACUGCCACCACGCCGCUCUGGAGCUGGAUGCGAACGGCCACGGCACCGCGCUCUUCAGCGAGGCCUUCUCGCAGCGCGUCGCGGCGGCAGCGCAGGGCGGCGGCGAGACCGGCGCCGCGGCGGGUCGGCUGCUGGCCAUGCGCGAUCUCAUCAACGAGGCCGUUGGCGACGCGAUUUCGAUCAUGCUGGCGGUGGAGGUCGUCCUGCGCUCGCUGGACUGGUCCUGCUCGGAGUGGCUGGCGAUGUACGCGGACCUGCCCAACCGGCAGGUCAAGGUCAAGGUCGCCGACAGAUCUCUGUUCGAGACCACUGACGCGGAGCGCGUCUGUGUGAAGCCGGAGGGGCUUCAGGCCGAGAUCGACGCACUCGUCAGGCUGCAUCCGCAGGGCCGGGCCUUCGUGCGCCCGAGCGGCACCGAAGACGUGGUGAGGGUCUACGCCGAGGCCGCGUCGCUUGAGGCCACGCUGGCGCUGGCACAGGCCGUGGUGGACGUCGUGUACGCCAAGGCGGGCGGCAUGGGAGACAAGCCGUGGAAGAGCACGGGCAGCCUGAACCAGGAAGGGCACCCCGCCGCGAGCCCACAGCUAGCCGUGGAGCGCUGGGCCCGCCAGGCAGGGACAAUUGGGGACGCGGACCAGCGGAAGCCGGACAAGAGCGAGCGAAGUAAAGGUCCGCGGCGGCAGCACCACGUGCUCUCCCUCGGCGUCCCGGGCAUGCCCGGAGACGGCAGCACGCCGUGGGCGGCCGCGAGUGCCUCGCCGAGGGCUGUGGGCUUGCAGUCCCUGUGCGACAUGUCUCGGAGCGGCCCCUGCGCGCUCGCAGCGAUGCUGCCCGCCGCCGUGCCCCGUGCUGCCAUCGGCUGGUGGCCCCUGCUGCGCGGCACCGCGCCCAGCGGCCCUGCCUGGGGCCACCCCUCGCGGAGGGGGGGCCCGCGGCGGGCGCCCAGGCGCUGGGCGCUGGGGGCCCUGGGCCCGAGAGGCGCGGGCACUGGGCGCGCGGGCGCCCUGCGCCUGAAGUAUCGCCGAUGUCUGCUGCGACUCAGGUACGAUGGCAAUGGCUUCAAGUGUUCGUAUUUCAACCGCAACGAUCCCAUCCAGGCGAAGCGUCCAUGCCAAUCCGUCGAGGGUGCGCUGGAGGCAGCGCUGGGUGCGGUUUCUGGCGGCGCCCAGGUAACUUUGCUGAGCAUAACAGACAAAGGCGUGAGCGCAGAUACGACGUACGCACUUGCCGCAUCGCACGAAGCGGCAUGCGAAAGGGAUACAGGCCUCGAGGUGUGUCGCAACUGGAGCGACCAGACGGUCGAAAAAGCGAAUUUGUGGAUGAGAGAGGCGUGUUUGCCCAUGUCCGUCACGGACAUAUCCAGGUGGCGGAUCCCUUCUCCCGGAGCCACUCCGGCUGCGGUGGGAGGACAAAGAUUUGGUCGGCAGCGUGAUGGUGCAGUCGAGAACGUACGAGUACUUCAUCCUGCCCCAGGCGAAGUUCAACAGCGAGUCCAUGGGCAGCACAAAGGGGUGCUUCGCGUGGCACGUGAACGAGACCGGACGCUCAACGUCAGCGCCAUGCGCGCCGCGGCCCAGCUGUUCGUCGGGACGCACUCCUUCCACGCCUUCACCCACGGGCACGGCCGCGACAAGGACGCCGCGCGGCGCCUGAGCCGAGUCUCCGUCGAGCCGCGGCUCCGGGCCCCGGGCCGAGGGGCUGCCCCGGUCGAGGUGCUCUGCAUCACGAUCUCGGGGGACAGCUUCCUGUACCGGAUGUGCCGCCUCAUCGCCUUCGCCUUGGUCAUGGUGGGCCUGGGGCGGCGGAACGCCGCGUGGGUGUCGGAGCUCCUGGCGCAGAGGCGGCGGUGGCGGCAGCUGCGGCGGAACCGGCUUCGCCCCGCCCCGGCACACGGCCUCCGCCUCGCGGACUGCGCGCUGCGCGCCCCGCCCGACCUCGGCCGGCUCCGCGCCCUGCUGCAGGAGCGGGAGCGCUCGCGCGGCGCCGGCGCCCAGCCCGCCCCCGCCUGA